AUGUCCCUCAGUGAACCAGCAGCAACAACAACAACGGUUCUUCAAUCUUCACAUCAACAACACAUAGAACAAGUCAAAGGAAGAGGCAGGAGAGCAUCCAAUCCGUUAGCUCUCUCAUUGAAAAUUACGGUUCCGGAACCAUCCUUCAGGAAGAUUGAUGUACAAACCUUUGCAAACAUGAUCGGGAAAGAUAAUGUAUUAAUUGUGGACGUGAGAGAUGAAGACUAUGAAGGAGGACAUAUUAAAGGAAGUCUGCAUUUAGACUUUUCAAAUUUCGAACAAACUCAUUUACCAACACUGGUAAAGAUAUGUCAAGAAAAAGCCCAAAGUUUGGAUACUGUUGUAUUUUAUUGCAUGUACAGUGAACAACGUGGACCACAAUGUGCAACGAGUUUUGCCGAAAAGAUUGCAGACCAUAAGGAAUUACAUCAUUUGAAAAUAUUUGUACCAUCUGGAGGAUUCAAUUCCUUCCUAAAGAAGUAUCCAGCUCCAAAUGAAUACAUUGAAGAUUACUCUGAAGAGUUUUUUUAUGAGGAUGAGGACGGUCAAUUGUUUCACAAAAUUGAUGCUCAAUAUCUUGAUGUCAUUACUGGACAUAAGCAACGUUUUAUUCAUCCUCAUCAUAACCAUCAUGAAUAA